GCCAGAUCCCGGCAGCAAUAAUAGGAUAGUCCAGUUGGAAUCUAAUCAGUUUCAUUUCCUAGAAUUUAACUCGGAUGACGUCGGCUGAGAAACGACGCCGAUGAUCCUCAGCCAGGCACCUGUCUACAGAAAAUUCUUUAUGUAUGUUUUGUAUGAAAUUGGUAAACGUCCUACUCAUUCCAGCAUGGAAAACAGUCGUUAAAUGUUGAUGAUGAUGACGAUGAUGAUGAAGCAGUGAUAAAUUUCAUUUGAAAGAUGAGAAGGAAACAAAAAAACUAAAGCAAGAAAAAAAAAAAUAUAUAUAUAUAUAUAUAUAUUUAUAUAUAUAUAUAGUUCAUAUAAAAAAAAAAGAGUUACUAAACAUUGCAAAAAUGCUGAAGAUUAAGAAGAUUAACGAAGAAAACAAAAUGUUGGCUAUCGACAUUCCUUCUAAAGAACAUAACAUGUUAAUUAGUGCUAAAGCAUUUGACGAGGUGUCAAUUCUUGGUAAAGUGUGCAAUAAAGGCAGCACUAAGAAAGCCGAUAAAGAACAGAAAAUAACUAAACUAUCUCUUCAUCAUAUCAUCACAUGUACUCGAACAUUAGUUAAAGGACAGUACAUCGAUAUGUUUAUAGACUUUGUAAAGGAGAAGUGUAAUGACAUACAAAGUAUGGGGUUAGACAGAUAUCGUUUCUUAAGAAAUAUCAAACGCGAAAUGAAACACUUUCUGGAAUAUACUAAAAAAAACAAUGAGUUUGUUCUCCAGAACCUUGACUGGUUUCAUGGCCAACUGUUUGACAUAUAUACGGCCAGCAAUCCCUACGCCCGCAAGAGCAUCACAAUGCCAAAGCCAUUGCUUAAAUUUCACCCACUUUCAUCAGUUGAGUGCAGGAAAUUAAAGUUUGAAGUUUCUGGGGAAGACCUUCCCAACUUCAUAUCACAUGUUGUCCCAACCAGUGGCGGAAUAGUAACAUAUACAUCACAUAUGAUGACAAUAUGUUAUGCCACAACCGAUGGUAGUUCCAAUGUUGUACAUUGUCCUUCUCCUAUCACAGACAUGGACAGAAUUGGUGAAGACUCUGUGUUGGCCACAAUUCCAUUUAAGAAGAAAAUUCUCGUCAUUAGCCCCACAAGCUGUAACAUGAAAACACUGGAUUAUGGUUUUCAUAAGAUUUCUUAUUUCAAACAAUCUACCUUUCUAGGUACUGAACUAUUCGGUAAGAUAAUGUAUCUCAUAGAUUGGGAUGACAAUCAAGUCAAAGAAAAAUUUAGCCUGAAACACAUACCUACAAAUAUAGUUGUAGGUCCACAAUAUCGCAUCUUGGUGACAUCAGCAAAUAUAAACACAAUUAGUUGUUACGAUCUAGAUGGCAGACAACUGUUUCAUCUGAGUACCCAAUCUACUGACAUUCAAAUAGACCUCGCUGUCUAUCAAAACUAUUUUUAUGCCGUACAAGGAAAUAUCAUUUACAAGAUUUCACCAACUGGUGCCAUGUCACAGAGAGAACUUAAGAUAAAAGCUCGAUAUAUUUCUCUGUGUACAAAUAAUAUUCUUUUGGUUGAUUAUGCCGGUGUUGUACAUACCACAAGGACAGAUAGUAAUUUUUGGCCUCGGUUUUCUAACCACCAACAAGAAUGCACUCCCUCUUUGAAAGACCAAAUUGACAUCGAUGACCCUUACAACAUUAGAAAGAUUCUACCUAUGUCAGCCUCUUCAGUAUUAAUUGUAUAUGAGGAUCUAAAAGUUAUGUUAAUCAUUCACGAAGGGCAACGGUUUGGUAAAACGUUUUUAACAUUUAAGAGCAAACCUUCUGUCUUUUGUAGAGUAGACUCAAACAGAUUUCUCGUCCUGUUUCGUGAAGACCGUAAACUUCAGUAUAUUACAUGCCCCCAACUAACUGAAGGCCAUUUAAUAGGCGUCGAUAGUGAUUAUAGUCAAAUGUGUCAUAUAGUAUCAAAUAAGUGUUUGGCUCUGACCACCAGUGGAAACAAAGCGGAGGUACAUAUCUUAUUGAUUAAGGAGGACAACGUUGAGACUAUAAACAGAAUUUCAUUGGAACAUGGUGAUGUUGUCAUUGCUGCAACUCCAGUGAAUUUUGUAGUUGCAGACAAGAGGGAACAUAGACUAUUAUUUUUUUCAAGUUCUGGUGAAAGACUUUUUAAAAGACUCAUUGAUUUCAAUGGCUAUCCUCAUUAUAUCUUUGCAGACAAUUUAUACUUCUAUGUUAUCUUCAGAAGAGAGUCUAUGAUGACAUGUUACGAUAUAACUGGAGAAAUGAAAUGGCAGUUGAAACUUCCUUCAAAUUUUAGCCUUGACAGUGCUGUUUUCCAAGGAACUGCUUACGUACUGGAUUUCCUACUGAGUAGGGUUCUUCUUUACAAGUAUCAUAAUGCAUCCCGUUGUUAUUCAAACUUUAAAAACCCUUACAUUAGAAAUUUAGAUAUACGACUCAAAGAAAAUAGAAAAAUUCUCAUUGCUGGAAUGUAUCAUCUGCCAAAUGGACAGCGGGUGGUGUCUGACAUUAACAACAAUUGCUUGUUAUACAUUUGUAAUGAAGGAGAUAUUGUAGCCACGUUAUAUUUGCCAUCUGUUGCAACAGAUAUAUGUCAAUGGGAUUGUAAUCAAAUAGGUGUCAUAUUGCCCUUGGAGAAACAAUUACGGCUUAUAGGAAACCUGUCUAAGAAAGUUAGAAUUGUAGCAUUAAGCCACCCUUAUGUAAAGGUGCGUAAGCUGGGUGAAGGUCAGAUUGUUUGCUAUUGUGAUAAACCAUCACAUUUAGACAUUGUAUCGAUUGAAAACCACAACCAAGGGAAAGUAAUCUCUACAAUCUCUAUUCCUUUUGUACUCAAGUCAUUAGCAGUAGAAAAUGACACGCAAAAUGUAUUGAUUGUGGCUAAGGAAAAAGUAUUUCUUUACAAGACUACUACUACUACUAGGAGGAGGAGGAGGGGGAGUAGGAUUAAAAAGAAGAAGAGAAGCAUGAUCCCCAGUGUUUUACUGUCCCAAGUGAAACCUCCACCCAAUCUCUUUGGUGGAUGUAUUGAUAAUAUGUUUGUUUAUCUGAUAGACAACAGUCGUAUGUUUGCUAUAAAUGAUCAUAACUUGGUGGUGACAGAUCAUGUUGCAAACAAACAGCUUAAUAUGCACAUUGAUUUGGUAGAUGUAUUUUCUAGAAACAUUUGUGUUAGUGAAAUGUUUUCUUCAACAGUACAUGUAGAGGAUCUGACAGUUUCUGAUAAACCUCAUUAUUUUGUUGUUCCUCGAUGUUCCCGAGACAAAAAACAGCCAAUGUGCAAGGAUUUGGUUAUUACUGAAAAUAACCUGAUUGCAAUAUUCGACAGCAGCAAUGCAAACAUUAAGAUAUUAACAUUUGAUGGUCAUCUUGUUGACUCUAUCAAAACGAAUGUUAUCCCUCGACAUAUGUGUCGCUGGCAUUCAAACACACUGGUUAUUACAACUCAAAAACACCAGUUGUUGACAUUAAAAGUGAACUUUCCAUUGAUCUUGACAAGUUACCGGACGAAAAUUAACUAUGAAUAUAUCGCUUCCUUCUCAGAUAAUCAAUUGGUGUGUAAUAGAAAUAAUGAUAAAAAUACUUUGUUUAUCAUUGGCAUUGAUGAAAUGUCUUCAACUGUGAAUAUAACGAAGAAAAUAAAUAUCACUAAGAUAGUGAAAAACAGCCAUUAUAACAUAACUGAUAUCGCAGUUACAGUUAAUGAUGACAUUAUUGUCAACAUUGGUCCUCUUGUCAUAUUCUUCAACCGUAAUGGUGAAUGUUUCUGUUCAUUUAGUCAAUAUUUCGAUACUCAAUAUGACUGCAUGGGAAUUGAUGAUACUUAUCUGUACCUUUACGGGUUUUGUGAUAUAUAUGGUUAUGGUACAUAUAAUUAUAUUGCCUGUUUGUCACUGACUGGAGAAUACAAAAAAGUAUUUUCAAAGAUAAGGGAUUAUAAACAUAGAAUAAAUAUUGAAAAAUUAAAUUGUAAUGGUCCAAGAUUUGUUGGACAUAACCACUCCUAUCGGAGAACGAGUAAUUUGUAUGUUGAAGGUUUGCUUAACGUUAGUCGCGAAAGAUUCACUGUUAGUCGUUUACUAACAAACAACUGUCCUGUUCAAGUAAAAGAUAUUGAUAUCUCUACUAAUGGACAGACAGUUGUGUGUGAAAAAGCUAAUAGUGGCAAUGUUAAAAUAUUUGAUAGACGUGGAGAGCUGCUAUGUCACAGAGAUCUUGGAACUUUAGUCGGUGGGGUAUGUUUUACAGAAGAAAGAAAUAUAAUGGUUACAGUCCCUAACAGACAAGAAAUAUUUCAACUAAGUCAACAAGAUUUGGUGUUACAUAAAGUCUGGCAAAGUCCUGCACCUUACAGUGCAAUAUGGAGAAAAGCGGGGAACAUUUACUGUUGUGUGCAUACUAAUUUGACUGAAUAUUAUAGCAUAAAGAUUGAUGGAGACCAACUGAAGGUUCUGGAUUAUGUGUCGUUAUUAAUGAUUGAUUCUGGUCUUCAUUUCCCUUCCAUUACAUCUCAAAUGAAGAAGGAAAUAUUCAGUAAUGAAUUAAUUGAUAAGUUGAAAUACAGCGAAGGAGGAGAAAGAAAAUGUAAAUCAGGUGAAAUAGUUGGUAAAGGUAGAUUGAAGGCGAGAAAUGGUAAUUAUAUGGCAGCGAGUAUGUUGGGAAGCGAUGAAAUAACUGUGUGGAGAAUGCCAUAUAGAACAGCAAUGUAUCCUGCUUCCAUUCCUCCUUGUGAUAAACCAGUUGAUUUCAAUGACCUCCGAAAACUAAUUAUGUUAGAUGCUAAUAUUGCUGUGUUCAUGCUAAUAGAUACUGUCAUAGUAAUUACCACAACAGGUAAUGUACUUCAACAUAAACAAUUACAAAAAAAGCCAUCACCAAAAGACAUAUGUCAGUGGACCGAUGAACAUUUCAUAGUCACGUCUGGGAAACAACUGACAUUCUUCAACAGAAAUCUCUCCCUUUUAAAAACCAUCAGCACCGAAAAAUAUUACAAUAGGAUUUAUAAAAAGAAUGACAAUCAACUUUUGUGUGCAUUUAGUACUGAUGUAUAUAAUCCUUCAGUCGAGUUUUCAUCUUUAGACAUAGUUGAGAUUCAUGGUGACACAUGUAAACAUAUUCGUCGAGUGUGUUCUGGGAAAUAUGUAAUGACAGCAAUUGGUGUCACAUCUAGUGAAGACAUUGUUGUUGUUACCAAAGGCAAUGGCUAUACUGUCUGUUUCUACAGAGAACAUUUGGUCAGAAGGUUAAAAAUUAAUAUAGAAGUAGAACCUGAUCUAACUAUACAUGGUGAAAAUGUUUAUGUAACAGAUGCAGAGAAUGAUAUUUACCAAGUAUCUGUGGAUAGCAUACAAGAAACAUUUGAAGAUGAGGAUGAAGACCAAAUAUUUGAAGAGAGCGUUGAUCAUAUAUCUGUAGAAAGUGAAGAUCAAAUAUCUGCAGAGAGUGAAGAUCAAAUAUUUGAAGAGAGUGAAGAUCAACUAUCUGUAGAAAGCGAAGAUCAAAUAUUUGAAGAGAGUGAAGAUCAACUAUCUGUAGAAAGCGAAGAUCAAAUAUUUGAAGAGAGUGAAGAUCAACUAUCUGUAGAAAGCGAAGAUCAAAUAUUUGAAGAGAGUGAAGAUCAACUAUCUGUAGAAAGCGAAGAUCAAAUAUUUGAAGAGAGUGAAGAUCAACUAUCUGUAGAAAGCGAAGAUCAAAUAUUUGAAGAGAGUGAAGAUCAACUAUCUGAAGAGAGUGAAGAUCAAAUAUUUGUAGAAAGCGAAGAUCAAAUAUCUGUAGAAAGCGAAGAUCAAAUACCUGACAAUAAACCACACCUAUUCCUCAGUGGGGAUGAUGUUGAAGCCAUCAAUGUUCUUGGGCUUGCUGUUUCUGACAGUUCUGUUGUAAUUUUUGGACCAGUUCAUGGAAACCAGUCUUAUUGUUUUUUUCAUUAUGAGAGAUAAAUAGUUGUAUAAAUUUUUA